AUGGAGGGAGAGGAACCAACGGACACAAAGGAGCAACUCGCAGUGCUCUGUCAGAAGCUCUGUAGAAUAAAAACAAAUCUCAGCGGAGAUGACACGGACUAUAUCCACCAGGUGAUCGCCUCAGACGCUCCUGAAACACGUCAUGCCUAUCUGGUUGACACGGGGAAGAGAGCUGACCCCAGCUCGCGUUCUGAACAUGUCGCCAGAUUUCCUAUAGUUCCCUUCUCUAUCCAAGAACUUAACGAGGACGGUGAUGGGCGAGCCCCAAAGCCACGUGAUGCGUUCAUCCCCGAAAGCUUGUCCAGGCAAACAUCUGACACAAGUGCGGUGUUUACCCACUCAUCCUUCAAGAAAAGAGCUGUCGAUGGAGAUUUUCUCAAUUGUAAACUACCAACUGUUAAUCCAGAGCCAUGCCCUUUGGAGGAUCAGACAACCAUGGACUCCGCCACCACACUCUUUAACAGACAGGACAAGAAGAAUACAUUUAAAAUGAAAAAAUCCACUUCCAAAUUUGAGCAGAUCAUCAGUUCAAAUUCCCCUGCAUCAUGUUGGACAUAUCUGCUCAACUUGGAGAAGUGCGGCAACCCCUACACUGAUCGCAACCUCCUCAUUAAGCUUAAAGACUACUAUUCCAGAGUCUUCUUCAGGCUUCCAAUUAGAAAAUUCAGCAAGAAUAAGAGCUAUGCCAGAAUAUUGGUGAGAUAUGCAGAACUCAAGGGGAUUGAAGAUCCAGAUGAAGCACAGGACCACUUCAUAAUUGCAAGAUCAAAUUUCAAAGGCUUUGCCUUUGUGCACAUAGCGCACGCCCAAUUUGAAGUCUCUCAAGGUAAUUUCAACAAAGCCACUUCAAUUCUACACAAGGCCCAGGUAUUAAAUGCUCAACCAUCCGAGCUCCUGGAAGUGGCCAUAUGUAGCCUCAAAGCUAGGGAGAAACGGCACAUACCAACCAAGAGGGAAGAAAGAACACGAGACCUGCAUGCUGAUGCUCCACUAUACGUGGCAACUUGUGGUGGGAACCAUGAGUUACAGGUUCCGACUCAAGCGUCAGUAGACCAGUCCACUGAACAAACUAAACCUGCUAACAAGGAGCCUUUGCCAGAGUGGAAGAUGCCAGCUGCUGUUAGCCAUCAUAUUUCUCCUCAGGAGAAGUACAUGACACCCCCUGACCCCCGACCUCUGCCUCGUUUGCUGGACUCUAUUCCUACCCCAUCCCUUCCUCUCCUGCCAAGACUAAAUCCAACUAUGGUCUGCCAGGCACCCCAAAACUACAAAAAUCCCCAGGUUGAUAACUAUGUCACUCAUAUUCCAAAGAGACACCCUGAAGUUGCAGCUUCUGUAGUGCACAGAGCAGCCCAAGCCCAGAAACCCUGCACGCGUCCCAAACAGAUGUCAUAUCCCCCAACCCCACGGGACACCCUCACCUCUUUGUCCAACGAAUCCAUCACUAUCAAAGGCAAACAAUUCUUCAUCCUAAAAAUGAUUGGACGAGGUGGAUCUAGCAAGGUUUAUCAGGUCCUGGACCACAAAAAGCAGCUGUUCGCUGUGAAGUAUGUAAACCUUGAGGAGGCUGAUGCUCAGACUAUAGAGAGUUACAAGAAUGAGAUUGAGCAUCUGAAUCAGCUGCAGCAAUACAGUGACCAGAUAAUCAAGCUGUUUGACUAUGAAAUAACAAACAGUUACAUAUACAUGCUGAUGGAGUGUGGUAACCUGGACCUUAACACCUGGUUGAGGAAACGCAAGGCUGUUAACCCAUUGGAGAGGAAAUUUUACUGGAAGAGUAUGCUGGAGGCUGUCCAUACCAUCCAUAAACAUGGAAUUGUCCAUAGUGACUUGAAGCCAGCCAAUUUUGUCAUUGUGAAUGCGUCACUCAAGUUGAUUGACUUUGGCAUAGCUAACUGCAUACAACCAGAUGUAACAAGCAUUAUGAAGGACUCAUGUGUAGGGACCCUUAACUAUAUGGCACCUGAAGCCAUUGCAGACACAUCAUCCAAACCAGGAAAAGCGAGUACGAAGCUUAGUCCCAAAGGGGAUGUGUGGUCUCUGGGAUGCAUCCUGUACUGCAUGACCUAUGGGAAAACUCCAUUCCAAAGCAUCACCAAUCAUAUUACCAAGUUGUGUGCCAUUGUCGAUCCAUCUCAUGAAAUUGAAUUUCCCGACAUUGCAGAGGGAGAUCUUCUGGAUGUGCUGAAGAGAUGUCUGGUAAGAAACCCCAAAGAGCGAAUCUCUAUCACUGAGCUCUUGGAACAUCCAUACCUGCAGCUCGUGCCACAGACCUCUUCUGAACCAGAAUAUCCAAAUAAUGGUGAUCUCAAGCGAAUGUUAACCGACCUUGCAGCCCUGCAGUCUCCCAACAGCAUCGCCAGAGCAGCAAAUAACUUGGCAAGAAUGUGUAACAGUGGCAGGAAGCUGAAUGUUGCAGAAUGUGCAAAGUCUUCAAGCAAACAUUCUUAGAUAAUGUGAAUAGGAGGUUUUUUUUCAGCUUUGAACAUGUUGUAGUU